GUUUGUGCCGUAACAGAAGGUAUUUGCAGAAAUUUCACGGAAAUAUAAAACAAUGGGAUCCAGUGAAUGUAAGUAAUGUCAUUUUGAAUUUAAUGAAGACACCAUGGAGGACUUUCAGCGAGAGAGAGAAUCAGAAUGAUCUUCUGAGCCUGAUCAAGAACUUCAGACCUUCAAAAGAUGAAGUUAAACGUUUGCAUAUUUUGUUGUAUGGACCUGUGGGUGGAGGCAAGUCCACUUUUAUCAACUCAGUGAACACUGUGCUCCGCGGAACUUCGGCCAUUCCUGCUUCAGCCUGUGCAUCAGACAAUGAGUGCAAGAGUUUUACUCUGGAGUACAAAAAUCACAGCAUCCGGAGGGAACGGUCAAAGGAGUUCUUUCCGUUCGUGUUCACGGACAUAAUGGGAAUGGAGCCAGACAAGAAUGGAAUUCAUGUUGAAGACCUGAUUCUGAUGCUGAAAGGACAUGUGAGAGACGGCUACAAGUUCAACCCUUGCUCUCCGCUGACAGACACAAGUUCACAGUUUUACAACCCAAACCCUGCUCCAGAGGACAAGGUGCACCUUCUGGUGUGUGUGCUCCCUGCACACAGGCCAGACAUCCACGAAGAACACAUUCCCGACAUAAAAAGAAUGAGAAAUGCUACUCGAGAUCUGCAAAUUCCUCAUGUGGUCCUUCUGACACACAUUGAUGUCCUCUGUAAAAAAGUCGAGGAGAAUGUGAUGAACGUCUUCAAGGUGAAAGCAGUAUUGGAUAAGAUAAAAGACUACGGUGGCAAAUUGGGGUUUGAUGAGAACAACUUUUUCCCAGUAAGAAACUACUGCAGAGGGUACCUUCAACAAAAUGAGAACUUGGACAAACUGAUCCUGAUUACUCUCCAACACAUGCUGAACUACGCUGACGAUUUCACUCACACUCUUUAAAGAGGCUUUUUCUUCUGGGUUUCAGAUUCUAGGACAGACGUCUGCAACCAGUGAGAGAAAAAAAAAAAAAAAAAAAAGUGUAUUCGUUCUAUUGAAAUUAUCAUUUUUUUGUUUAUAUUUUUUUCUGAACAAACCCCAUGCAUAAAACUGGAAAGAAUGAUGAUAAUUUUGUGAAAUAAAUAUUACACAUAAGAUACACCAGAAUGCAGGAAAUUACAUAUAAUUUACUUGAAAUCCCCAGACCAAAUAUGCCCAAGAAGCCACAUAAAUACAAAGUGUUACAUAUACAGUACAAUGUGUUAAUAACUACAGUUGAGUUACUUCUUUUAAAUAUUUUUUUUUAUCACUUUAUCUCGUUACUUACUAAAAACGUGUGGCUUUUUCUAACUUUGGUUUGAUUUGAAAUGGGCCGAUGUGGCUCUUUUGCUGUUAAAGGUGCAGACUUCUGCUCUUGGACGUGUUGAUGUCACACUUCCAGAUGGAGGACAAGGGCCAGUUUUCCCUAUUGAUUAUAUAAUAUUCUCAAUCUAAAAAGAAAUAUCUAAAAGGAAAAUUCACUCAUGUUGAAUAUAUUUAAACUAGUGAUUGGACCCUAGAACUACCUAUGUUCAUUAUAUAUUCAUUUUAACUUCUCCUGUCUGUAUUAAAUAUUAUUGAACAUCAUCAUCAUACAUGUAACAGAUUUUUAAGGGGUAGAUGGAAACUGAAAUUUUCGGAGCCCUCAAGUUUCUAAUGUGGGAUUAUUCAAACGUGAAAUGUAGCUUUUCACUUGCAUUGCUUUUCUUUUUUUUUUUUUUUUUUUUUGUAAAAUGUCACUCAUAUUUGAAUACUUUGUUACAAAAUAUUAAUAUUUUGUCAGUUCAAUUUAAUUUACACAAGUAAGAAAAUCAAUUCAAAAAUAAGUAAUAAAUUCACAAUAUGACAUAUGAUUUGAACAUGUGUAUUAAUAAGAGGUCAAUGAGGUGCAAUAAAAAUAUAGUAAAACUGGUAAAGUGAACUAAAAAAAUAACAUGUUAUCAGAGUGUCUCAGCUUGUGCUUUUAUGUAGACUUAACUGUAAGAUAUUAACAGAUAUUAAACACAGAUAUUAGAUGUAACCAUAGAUAUUUUAGUUUUACUUUACUGCAACUGUUGUAUGUGCUUUUAUUAAAACAUUUG